GCCACGCCCACAAAACGCACUUGCUGGUGUUACACAGUGACGUUUAUCCAGCACGUGAAGAGUCUUAUAGUUACAGAGUUGAGUUUAACAGCAUUAAGGAUUUGCGCAAUGUCAUCAGCGGACAGUUAUAAAGUGAGCUCCCUGAAGGAUAAAGUCACUUUAAUCACUGGAGCCAGUUCUGGGAUUGGAGCUGGAACUGCGCUGCUCUUUGCCAAGCUCGGUGCCCAGCUGGCAUUGAAUGGCCGCGACCUGGAUAACCUCACCAAAAUCGCCAAAGAAUGCGAGGAAUGUGGGUCAUCAAAGCCACUCUUGGUGCCAGGUGACCUGACCAAUGAAGAUACAGUACGUAAGACUGUUGAACAAACCAUUUCUCACUUUGGAAGGCUGGAUGUUCUCAUCAACAGUGCAGGAAUCCUUGCAAUGGGCACUAUAGAGACAGCAGACCUGGCACAAUAUGAUAAAGUGAUGAACGUAAAUGUCAGAUCAGUGUUUCACUUGACUCAGCUCUGUGUGCCUCACCUCAUUAAAACGAAAGGCUCUAUUGUAAAUGUGUCCAGCGUAAAUGGCCAGCGAUCAUUUCCAGGAGUGCUUCCAUACUGCAUGUCCAAGUCCGCCAUUGACCAGUUUACACGCUGUGUAGCACUUGAGUUGGCCUGUAAGCAAGUGAGAGUGAACUCUGUGUGCCCUGGAGUAAUCGUUACAGAAGUCCAUAAGCGUGCCGGAUUGGAUGAAGAACAAUAUAAACAGUUCCUGGAGAAGUGUAAGGUCACCCAUGCUCUCGGCAGACCAGGUGAAGUGGAUGAAGUGGCUCAUUCUAUUGCCUUCCUGGCAUCGGAUGCUGCAACCUUUAUUACAGGAGUAAAUCUUCCAGUGGACGGAGGCCGCCAUGCCAUGUGUCCACGGUAGUAGUGUCUAUUCACUACAGCAAAUCUGGUCAUGUGUGGUAGAUGGGAUAGAAAUAAAUGAACAGAUAUCUUUUGA